GGGAAGCAGGGCAACCCACCUGACGAACCACCCCCCAUUGGAAGCAAAGACCCAAUCUUUGGAGGACGCGACGGCAGAAACAUUUUACAUUUCUCGGCGUUAGAGACAGAGAACUGUGCUCGCUGUCUUGCCAGGCACAUCCCACUUCCUGGCGCACAUCCCACCAUUGCGGGAUAUAUAGCCUCGGCGGUUACGCUUUGCCCAUCAGGUUCUCGCAUCCCUUUUACAACCCAAAAUGCAGGCUCAGCAAGGCUCUGGGUCGUCAGCUCAGGGCCCUCCCCAUGCAUUGAUGGACCUUCGAGUCGGCAACAAAUUCAGGAUUGGAAGAAAGAUCGGAAGUGGAAGCUUUGGUGAUAUCUACUUAGGUACGAACAUCAUCAAUGGGGAGGAGGUUGCCAUCAAAUUGGAAUCUGUAAAGGCGAAGCAUCCGCAAUUAGAGUAUGAAUCAAAGGUGUACAAAAGUUUAGCAGGAGGCGUUGGAAUUCCUUUCGUGCGCUGGUUCGGGAUAGAGUGCGACUAUAACUGCAUGGUUAUUGACUUGCUGGGGCCCAGUCUGGAAGAUUUGUUCAACUUCUGCGGUCGGAAAUUCACAUUAAAAACUGUUCUACUGCUUGCGGAUCAGUUGAUCUCCCGCAUUGAGUACAUCCACUCCAAAAAUUUUAUACACCGGGAUAUCAAGCCGGAUAAUUUCUUGAUGGGCUUGGGGAAGCGUGGAAACCAAGUCAAUGUGAUUGAUUUCGGUCUGGCAAAGAAGUACCGGGAUCCAAAGACACACCUACAUAUCCCCUAUAAAGAAAACAAAAAUCUCACAGGGACGGCCCGUUAUGCGAGUAUUAAUACUCACCUGGGAGUUGAACAAUCGAGGCGUGAUGAUUUAGAGUCGCUCGGUUAUGUCCUCAUGUAUUUCUGUCGAGGAGCACUACCAUGGCAAGGCUUGAAGGCUGCCACGAAGAAGCAAAAAUACGACAGAAUUAUGGAAAAAAAGAUGACGACCCCAACAGAAGUUCUGUGCAGAGGUUUCCCCAAUGAGUUCUCCGUGUAUCUCAACUACACACGCUCGUUACGCUUUGACGACAAACCUGACUACAGUUACUUGCGGAAACUUUUCCGAGAUCUUUUUAUUCGUGAAGGAUACCAUUACGACUACGUCUUCGACUGGACAGUUGUAAAAUACCAACAAGAAGGAAGGGAUGCCUCUGGACGAGAAGUCAAGACCGAAGAAGGUGGUGACGACAGACACCACCAUUCGUCCCGCGAGAAAGCUCGCCCUGCUGUCCAACCCGCCGCUGCUUCUGCUCGCCGACCAGCGGCAACAACCGGAAGCGCCCAGCGUCCCGCUACGACCGCAGCAACAAAUUAUGGUUCAAACGCUGCGGGUGCCCCCUACACGGGACAGCAACAGUACGCCUACCCUAACUAUUACCAAGCCGGAAGUCCAGGACACGGUAACGCCCAAUAUGGUUACGGUGAUCCGGCCAUGACCCGGAAUAGUUCACGGGUGGCGACUCCUGGUGUGAGUAUGCAAGGUGGAAGCGCUGCUGGACAACAAGCAAGAAAACCCAGUGGCGGGGCGGGGCGAGGUUUCUGAUGUGGUGUCUGUCGGGCAGGUAAUUGGCUUGGCCAGUUGGGUAUCGUCCAUAUCGGGAUUAGUGCGCCAGGUGGUCGCGUACCUGCUAAGAAUGUGCGUUGCGGGGUGAUAAUCGAGCAGUUCUGUUUGCUCUUUGGGCUGGUGGGCAUGUAAGGGUGGGGUUGGGAAAUGUUUUGAUCGUCGGUGGGAGAGAAACGCGUCUUUAUCAGUUGGCCGGGCUCUAAUGCUUUUGCCAGUACGCUGUGGCUGUGUACGACGCGGAUGAGGUCUGAGGUCGGUAGAUGCAGGACAUUCUGGUUUCGCGGAUGCGCUUUGUUCCGUGUUGGGUGUAUAGCUAGGUGUAUGGGGGAGCUUUGGGAAGAGAUUAUUCGUAUGAGUUUCUAUGUCAUGACGUGAUCUUGGUUCUGGGUAACCGCUUUCUGGUUAUGCCUCAUUGAUGACUUGGGCAUGUAACACUUUUGACACCAACGUA